UGGGCACCCGGGGCGCGGCGCUUCCUGCCUGCUUCUCCGGCUGCGAAGUGUGAGCGCGUGUGUGCAGCGCAUGGAGUUCGCAGAGGGCCUGGCUGGAGGCUGUGUGCCCUUGGGUGGGAACAGCUGGCUCCCCCGCCAUCCCCACGCCUGGCCUGGCCCUUGCUCCCCUCCCGGUCACUCGGUAACGGGACUGGAGGGGAGCCGAGAAGCCCUAGGGUUUUGGUCAGGAAGGGACCUUAGGAACCCUCCAGCCUCAUCCAGCCUCUUCAUUUCACAGAUGAGGAAACAGGCUCAGAAGGGUAGAGUGACUUGACCAAGGUCUCAGGUCUGAGAACCAAAACUCCUACCUUGCAGGUCAAUGCUACUAGGAGCCCUGGCCACGCAGGCAGCACCCACAACUCUUGCCAUGUGUAGAAACAAAGAACCGAGACAGACAGAAAGACACAGAGAAUCUCCCAGAGCAAAGGAAGGCGGUCAGGAAGUGGGCGGCUGCUGAGGCUUGGCUUCCGCCCUGGCCCCAGCGUGUGUGCUGGUCUGGCUGUGUGGCUCAGCGGCCCUGUGCUGACUCUGCCCGUGUGUGUGUGUGUGUGUGUGUGUACACGCGCCCAUGCGUGCUCGUGGUGUGUGUGUGUCUGUGCACCCAUGCAUGCCCUGGAUGCAGUGAAUGUGCCCUGCCACGUGGGAAAGCCCUCUGAGUUCAUUCAUCUGCUUACAAGGUGUGCUUGGGAACUUGCCCUGUUUGGCUCUGUGGAGGACACCAGGAGUCUCAAAGGAAUUCCUUCCGUGUGACUCUAGAGGACAGAAAGGGUCAGUCCGUGGGAGUCCCCAGGGUGGUCAGAGGUCAGGAGGAAGAACCUAACUCGUGAGGUGGUGAGUUCCUUGUCUCUGGAAGAAAACAGCAUGUACCGAAGAGUCUUUUUAUCAAGGAUGUGGGCAUAGGGAUAUGAAGUCAGGGCAGCUUGCUCCACGUGGAAUCAGCAUUUUUGUUGGAGGGUCCAGGGUUCAUGCCCCUUUUCAGGUGAAAUUAACAUGCACAACCUUAUGGGAUAGUAUUUGUCCAUAAGAGCAACUUUAUGCGUAGUUUUUGAGUGAUAAGUGAGGGGCUUCAUGUAUGGCUUCCGAGGUCCUGUCACCUCUCGGUUCUAUACUGUAAAGCAUGUAGAGUCGGGAGUCUGGAGGAAGGCGGUUACUUCUGGAAGGAGUGACUCGCAGAGGGCGUCCUGGAGGUGGCACUGAGGCCGGGCCUUGAACAGGAGUCUGGGUCUGGGCAUCUUGGGGAAGGACGGCUGAGCAAAGCCAUAAAGGUGGGAUGUACCUGAGGAGCGAGGAAGAAGGUGGUGGACAAUCCGGUCAUGCCCUGACCACAGCUGCCCUUCAGGAGGCUGGCACGGAGCCACCCAGGGUCAUUGGGCUGUUUGUCAAGGGUGCGGCAGCAGCGACUUGCCACUCUUCCUCCAUGAGCCCAGCCAGAGCCUCCACUGGGCACUUAGCACAAGAAAAACCCUGCAGGAGCCAGAGUCCAGAGCGUUGGGAUUCAGCAGGAGUGCCAGGAGAACUCCACACAGGUGUGCUGCCUCCUCCUGCCAGGCGUGUGGCUGGACACGACUCUUGCUGAUGGUGGAAUUCAAGUCACCAGUGGCCAAAGUACCCUCCAGGUGUGAAGAGUUGCAGGUCCUCUGAGGAGCCAGGAGCUGCAAGGUUCUGAAAAAGACUUCAAGAAACUGACUAAUCUCAAUGGCUGCCCCUGAUGGGAGGGUAGUCUCCAGACCCCAAAGACUUGGUCAGGGGUCUGGCCGGGGGCCAAAGGGGCGUGGAGCCUGCCUGCAUCCCCUGGACAGCCUGGAGCAGAAGGAGACUCAGGAGCAGACGCCGGGCCAGCUGGACAUGCUGAGGAAGGCACAGGAAUUCUUUCAGACCUGUGAUGCUGAAGGCAAGGGCUUCAUCGCCAGGAAGGAUAUGCAGAGGCUGCAUGAGGAGCUACCGCUCAGCCUGGAGGACCUGGAGGAUGUGUUUGAUGCCCUGGAUGCUGAUGGCAAUGGCUAUCUGACCCCAGAGGAGUUUACUACUGGAUUCAGUCACUUCUUCUUCAGCCAGAAUAACCCAAGUCAGGAAGAUGCAGGUGAGCAGGUGGCCCAGCGCCACGAAGAGAAGGUGUAUCAGUCCAGAGGGAACGAGGAUCUGGGAGACAUGGGCGAAGACGAGGAAGCCCAGUUCCAGAUGCUGAUGGACAGACUUGGAGCCCAAAAGGUUUUGGAAGAUGAAAGUGAUGUCAAGCAGCUCUGGCUGCAGCUGAAGAAGGAUGAACCUCAUUUGCUAUCCAACUUUGAAGAUUUCCUGACCAGAAUCUUCUCCCAGCUCCAAGAAGCCCAUGAGGAGAAGAAUGAACUGGAGUAUGCCCUAAAAAGGAAAAUUGCUGCUUAUGAUGAAGAAAUCCAGCAUCUCUAUGAGGAAAUGGAACAGCAAAUCAAAAGUGAGAAGGAGCAGUUUCUCCUGAAGGACACAGAGAGGUUUCAAGCCCGCAGUCAAGAGCUGGAACAGAAACUGUUAUGUAAGGAGCAGGAGCUGGAGCAGCUCACCCAGAAGCAGAAAAGGCUGGAAGGUCAGUGCACAGCCCUGCAUCAUGACAAGCAUGAGACCAAGGCUGAGAAUACCAAGCUGAAACUCACCAACCAGGAGCUGGCCCGGGAGCUGGAGCGGACCUCCUGGGAGCUCCAGGAUGCUCAGCAGCAGCUGGAAAGCCUUCAGCAAGAGGCCUGCAAACUCCACCAGGAGAAGGAGAUGGAAGUGUACCGUGUGACCGAGAGUCUACAGCGCGAGAAGGCCGGGCUCCUCAAGCAGCUGGAUUUCCUAAGGGAAAGGAACAAGCACCUUCGGGAUGAACGGGACAUAUGUUUUCAGAAAAAUAAGGCAGCCAAGGCAAACACAGCUGCUUCCAGGGCAAGCUGGAAAAAGAGAUCUGGCUCCGUGAUAGGCAAAUAUGUGGACGGCAGAGGGAUUCUUAGGAGCCAGUCAGAGGAGGAGGAGGAGGUGUUUAGCAUCCCAAGGAGAAGCUCCCUGGGCCUGAGUGGAUAUCCCCUAACAGAAGAGGAGCCAGGAACCGGGGAGCCAGGGCCUGGGGGUCCAUACCCCCGGCCUCUCCGCAGAAUCAUCUCCAUUGAAGAAGACCCCCUGCCCCAGCUCCUGGAUGGCGGCUUUGAGCAACCCCUGAGCAAAUGCCCAGAAGAGGAAGAGGUCUCUGACCAAGGGGUACAGGGACAAAUCCAGGAGGCCCCACCCUUGAAACUCACCCCCACAUCCCCCCGAGGGCAGCCUGUUGGAAAAGAAGCCCUGUGUAAGGAGGAAAGCUCUCCCUCUGCCCCUGACCGGCUCUUCAAGAUUGUGUUCGUUGGCAAUUCCGCGGUGGGGAAGACGUCCUUCCUGAGGAGGUUCUGUGAGGACCGGUUCUCCCCAGGCAUGGCGGCCACUGUGGGCAUUGAUUACCGUGUGAAGACGGUGAAUGUGGACGACUCUCAGGUGGCCCUGCAGCUGUGGGACACGGCUGGACAGGAGAGGUACCGGUGCAUCACCCAGCAGUUCUUCAGAAAGGCCGAUGGUGUCAUCGUCAUGUACGAUCUCACAGACAAGCAGUCGUUCCUGUCAGUCCGGCGGUGGCUGAGCAGCGUGGAGGAAGCUGUGGGAGACCGGGUUCCUGUUCUUCUGCUGGGUAAUAAGCUUGACAACGAGAAAGAGCGGGAAGUCCCCCGGGGCCUCGGAGAGCAGCUUGCCAAGGACAACAAUCUGAUCUUCUAUGAAUGCAGCGCCUACUCUGGUCACAACACCAAAGAGUCCCUGCUCCAUCUGGCCAGGUUCCUCAAGGAGCAAGAAGACACAGUGAGAGAGGACACCAUUCAGGUCGGCCACCCUGCUAAGAAGAAAUCCUGCUGUGGCUGAUAGGCUCUUACCAGGACUGCCCCCAGCAAGCCUGAGGUCACAGAGCCUGCCCUGAUCCUGCACACGGCUCCUGCACAGAUGCCGCCCACGGGGGCCCGCCCAGUCCUUUUCUUUGUCAGUCACUCGCCUCCCCCAAAAGGAAGGGAAGCGCAUCCCAUCAGGAGAGCUGCUCUUGGGGCAUCUCAGAGUCUUUUCUGUCUCUUCUCUUUCCAGACCCCAGAUGCCCAUCCCUCCUUCGUUGUUACUGUUGUUGUGUUCCCUGACUUAGUUUCCUAAGGGAAAGAAACAGAUGGGCUUUUCUAGAAAAGCCACCACGUGCCUUCUCCACCCCCCUUCUCCUCCCCUUGCCCUUCGGAGCCUCAGCACUGCUGUUGCCAUGACAACCAUGUGGGGCCGACUUGCGGCUUCCUGCAGGCCAAGGUCCAGCACUCAGGUGCUGCCAGGGUGGUUAAUCUUGCUUGGCCCCUGUUCCCCAGCGGCCAAAGGGAUACUUUUAUACCUGCUUCGCGGACCUCGAGAUACCCGGGUUGUUGACUGCAGCAAACCAGGGCGGCCACAUUCUCUUCUACCCCCGGCCCGGGGGCUCUGCUCGUUCCUUACUCCCAGCUUUGAGCCUUCCCUCUCAGCACCACGCCCGCUGCCUUUGUCCCCUUGGGUUUUCUGGAACGGUGCCUUAGGGAGAACCGACAGCCUUUCAUCCUUGCCCCCCACCUACAACCCUGACUCCAGGGUGGACUGUGGGUGAUAAGUGUACGCCUGGGGUUAGGGGGUGGGUUGACUUCCCACUUAACUUUGACUGAGAAAUGAAAGGAAAACUAGUGGAGAAAAGCCAUCUGCUGCUAAACAGAGCGACCAUUUCUGGAGGGUACAAAUGAGGUAUAUAUAGCUAUAGAAAAGCCAUUUUCUAAAUGUUUCUCAAAAUAGCUCUUUGAAAAAUCAUACGUGAUGAUUAACAGGGUAGACUGACACGCAGGCAGUGGGGCCCAGCGCGAGGGCCGUAGUUACUGACUUCAUUUUAUUUUCUUUUACUUUAUUUCAGAACACUGUAUUUUUUUUUUUUCAGUGUGGCUGUGAUGUUGACAUUUUGCUGGUGUUUGAGAAGUGAACAGAAUGUAGCUGCUGGCUUCAGCACCCCCGAUUGCAAUAGCACAGGGCACUUGGACUGGGGGAAUGAUCUGGGCCCCGUGGGAUUCCUGCAGUUGGGUGGUGGUGAGUUCCCAGCCAGCUCUGGCAUCACUAGCCAGCUGUCACAGUACUCUUGCCCUGAGUAGGAAGUCGAAUGAAAGUUAUUACAAAGAUAAAUGCCGAUCACUGGGCCUGCAGACCCAGGCCCCCACAGGAAAGUGGGUAGUCCACACCCAAGUGGGGCACAGAGAGAGGGAGAGGGGCAGAAAGUGUCCACAGGCUUCCAACAAGAUAGCUGAAGACAACCCCACACAGCCACAUGGACGGCGGAGAGACCACUGGCCAGAGUUUUCAAGGUAUUCCAAUAGCCUCCUCCCAGACUCCCAAAACAGAGGCUCUCGGGGUCCCCAGGCAAGUACCUACCUCUUUUUUGCAGACUUCUCUUUCAUUGAGCACUUGCAGGAACCAGAGAGCCCAUGGAGGGUGCCGAACAAAAAUGACAACUGGGUACCAGGAGGUGCUUCAUGACCCUAAACAAGCCCACUCCCUCCUUGGCCCCCACCACGUCAGUAAAAUGAAGGGACUGGAUAUUUGAUGCUUUGAGCUCUUCUUGCUCAGAUGCACAGGAUGACGUGUUUAUUUUCCAUCAUCGGCUGGCCCUGGACCCCAGUCCAAGGUUAAAGAGAAUUCACAGGAAACUCCCUUCCCCUAGGGAAGAGCAGUGGUGAUGGUCCCAUUACUAGGAUGAGGCAGGGAGAGGGGAUGCAUGGGUCACCCAGAGGUGGCCCUCCAGUGUGUGUGUGUGUGUGUGUGUGUGAUGUGCGUGAAGGGAAAGGAAGGAUAGAAGGUCAUGGUGGCUGUGGAGAAAGUAAACUCACUCUUCUGCUUUUGACAAACAGCAGCUAUAGCUAUUGGGAUUUAUGGGGCAAGCAGACCAUUCCUGGGGUUUCCUAAGCCCACAAAUGUCUUUAUUCCUAAUUCCUUGCCCCUGCUUUCCGCUGCAUUCUUCCAUUUAGAAACAGGCCAUGCAAGGUUUAGGGCAGGAAAGGGUGGCCCUAGUGCCUUAGUGCCUGGCCUCCUGGCAUGUGGGGUAGAUCACCAUGAGUCUUCAAAGGAGAGAGAAAGGAACAGGGUGGAUCUUCAGGCCUCUGAUACUCUCUUCCCCAAUCCCCCUUUUAAAAAGAGGAGAGGGCCGAGUGUGGUGGCUCACACCUGUAAUCCCAGCUGAGCCAGAGGAUCAUUUGACACCAGAAGUUUGACACCAGCCUGAGUAACAUAGCAAGACCCUCCCACUACAAAAAAAAAAAAAAA